AUGGCAUCUGUCAAGUCGUCGAUACGUCCUUUCAACUCAUGUAUACGAUGCAUAAGACAGGCCGCGAACACUAACUCCCUUCUCAAUGGCUCCUCUAUCCGACUCUUUUCGAGUUCGACCGCGACCCGUGAAGAAGCCCAGGUGCAACCUCCAGCGCAACCCAACUCCAUGGAAAAAUGGGGACCACUUGAUCCCAACCUGGUCGACAACAAACGCGACGAACGCCGACUACUCCGACGAGAUGGAAUCCAGCCCAUCGGGUCUCGACGACGGCGCGCUGCCCUCCAAACCUCGGCUCUAAUCCCAUUUGAUCAACUCCCCUACCAGUGCUUCCAGGAGGCCAGGAAAAUAUUGUUCGAGGACCGACAGGAGAAGCUUAAGCAGAUCCAGAAGCAGAAGUCGAGGCUGCAAAACUUGGUGACGCAGGAUCCGGCGGUGAGCGGUGGAGUCAAGGCAAAGGAGGCGAGGAUUCGGAGCAUGCGGAACCAUUUGAACGAAUUGAUCAUUCUGGCCGACAUCAAUGACCCCAUGGUGAAGAAGAAGUUUGAGGACGGAGAAGGGGACAUGAACAAGUCCAUCUACCGCUACCUGGCCGACCGAAAAUGGCGACAGUACAAGCGCCUUAUUCUGGAGCAGCGUAUCAAGCAGCUGAAUAUUGUCCCGGAUAUUCUCCCAGCUCUGGACCCCAUCGCGGACGUUGAUCUGGCAUUCGGCCGAAGGAAAAUCGCUCCCGGAGAGUUUGUGGACUCGUGCAUCAGCGAAAGUAUACCGAGGCUGAAAGUCCAGACGUUCGAGCCCGGAGAGAAGCUAGUCACGGUCGUAGUCGUCGACGCAGACGUGCCGGUGCCGGAGAAGGAUGGCUUCACCUACCGUUGCCACUUCAUCGCGAACAACAUUCCUAUCUCAGCCACCCAAACUUCCAUCGCGCUCAACAGCCUCGACCACCAACCCAAAGACGUAAAAGAGCCUACACCAUUCCAUAUUUCCUCGCCUUGGCUACCACCGUGGGCUCACAAAGGCGCUCCAUACCACCGUUUAGCUGUCUUCGUGCUCGAACAACUCGAUGCCAGAGUUUUGGACGUUACCCAGGUCGGCAAGACGAAGAGGAUGGAUUUCAUUUUGCGAAGCUUUAUCGAUAAGAACAAACUGAAACCCAUCGGUGUAACUCUGUUCCGGACUAGAUGGGAUGAACACAUGGCAGCAGUGAUGCAGAGAGCCGGCUUUGGCGACCAGGUGAAUAUCGAAUUUAAGAGGAAGAGAAUCGAGCCGCUGCCGUACAAGAGGCGGACUGAGAGGAUGCGGUAG